AUGAUUUUCAUCAAUACUCGUCCACUCGAUGAAGCCAUAAAUGAAGAUCGCCGUCCAAGCAAGGCUCCUUCUCACCAGUCUGUUCAUCCCGAACCGAGGAAAAUACAUAUGAACAGAAUAGCGCUAUGUCUUCUCACAUUCUACAUUCUCGUCAGCAUCAUUCCUGUGCUUCUACACUAUCCACUAUCACUCAUUUCACUCAUAGUUCCAUGCAUUCUGUUCAUCUAUGCUGUGUGUACCCUCCGCUCAGAGAGCAGGUCAAACCAAUGGCCUUGUUGCCUAGUGGCUAUCAUUGGUAUAUUAAUCAAAAUAGCCGCUGUUGUCAUUUACAUCUCCAUUUUCCCUGUCAAAGACACACAAGAACAAGUUCCUCCUAUUCCAACCAGGCUGCAAGCUCGAGCGGAUGCUUCCAUGAAUCAGUACCGGCUCAUAUUCUACGUGGUAGUUUUGGCUCUCGAAAUUUUCCUGCUUGUGGUAGGAGGGUGUCUAAAAUGGCAUUUGAGCGCAUUAGAGGGAAGCGAUAUUAGUGUCCAGAAGCAAGUAAAGAGAUCUUCGACAGCAGCAGCAUCUAGUCAAGCACUAAUUCCAGGAAAUCCCAGUGCUCGGCAAAGUCUGGCUUGAAAAAAACUUUUCAAAACAGAUGCAGUGCUCGAUGUUUAUAUAUCACAUAUUUCCCUUCGCUAUCAUUCAUGGCUAGUUCAUCAAAAUCUGAUGCAUUUAGGAUGUUUCUUGUUCUGUACAAAUGACCUUAUUUUCGUACAAUUAUUAUUUUAUACGCUAAGGCAUGUGCGAAUCGUACAAAAUCUGGAUGCGUAGUAUUCAUAUUCCAAAGC